UUAAAACUUUGCUGGGGAUGUUUGUGUGAGAAAAGUACAAAAGUAUUUACUCAGCAGACGACCAAGAUCUAGUUGUUAGGAACAAUGGAGUCAAGACGGAGGCCUGUGAUUCUAUUGGCUCUAGUGGCUUUGACUAACAUUGUACACUUGACAAAGGGAGCUGAUGAAGUCUGCUACACUCCGCUGGGAUGCUUUUCUACAGAACCUCCUUUUGGAAUAAGUCUUCAGAGACCACUUGUGUUGAAUCCACAAUCCCCAGGUGUAAUUGGGACUGUGUUUAAACUUUUCACACGAGAGAGUCCCUCUCAAUCCAUCGAUUUGCCCGCCAUUAGGGUAGAUAACAUUAACGAUGUGUGGACAGGUUUAAAAGUUCGACCAGUGAAAUUUAUCGUCCACGGAUUUUUAGAGGACACAGACAAGGAUUCUUGGUUGAGGACUCUGAAAACAGAGAUAUUAUUACAAGGCUACUAUCACGUGAUUAUAGUGGACUGGUCUGAAGGAAACAAACCUCCAUACACACUGGCUACAGCCAACACCAGAGUCGUUGGAGCACAAAUCGCUCACCUCAUACAGAAACUGGAGGAGAGUUUUGGAAUUCAACCAUCGGACAUGCACAUCAUAGGUCACAGCCUUGGAAGUCACAUUGCUGGUUAUGCUGGCGAGCGUACAUACGGUCGACUUGGAAGGAUCACAGGCCUUGACCCUGCAGGACCUUACUUCGAAAACACGGACAUAAGAGUCCGACUUGACCCGUCAGACGCCAGAUUUGUUGACGUCAUACAUACUGAUGGCAGAAGCUUGUUGUUAUUAGGUCUCGGGACAUUGCAGCCUAUGGGUCAUUAUGACUUCUAUCCAAAUCUGGGUCAUGAAAUGCCUGGCUGCCAAUAUUUCCCAAUAAAAGAUAUAUUAGAACUAGGAAUGCGUGGAGCUGCUAGAGAAGGUGCAUGCAAUCACGCACGGUCUGUCAAGUAUUUCAUAGAGAGUGUCAACGUGAAAUUUCCUUACACAGCGUACCCAUGUAGUGGAGAAGAAGACUUUGUGUCCGGUAAAUGUAGGACCUGCAGUACACAGGGAUGUGCCAGGAUGGGUUUCCACGCCAAGCCAAUAAAUGAACUCAUUCAGAAAUAUUACUUAACAACCUCAGACUCGGAACCUUUUUGUCAAUAUCACUGGGAAGUCUUCAUCAAGUUAAGUUCCCAGCCAACAUUUUCUGAGAAGGGAAUUAUCGAAGUGAACGUUGCUACGUACUCAGGAGUCAUCAAGUCGGUCAAAUCCAGUAACAACCCAAUCAGUUUAACCAAUAACCAAGUAGUGCAUGUUUCUCUAAUCGAUCCAGUAGACAUUGGCUCCAUAGCGACCGUGUCUGUCCGGUGGAAGAAGGAGUUUUCAAUACUCGACACAUUGGGAGGAUGGUUUGGGAAAAAGCCUAAAAAGAUUUAUAUCGAUGCUGUGGGUGUUUACAGUGCUGAAAAUAAUGAAAAAGUAAUUUUCUGUGCAAGAGAUGAGGCUUUAGAAGAUGAUAAGACAACCUUACUUCUGACACAAAACCAAAUUUGUUAAAUUCAAAUACUGGACACUGGGAUGAAAAGAAACCAGAUCCAAGGGGCUUUUUCCUGUUGUUUUCCGUUUCUGUUGUCCAAAGAAAUUCUAAUGUUUCAUUUAUUGAAAUAUUAACAAUCUGUUGACCAGAAGAACUGAGUGGAAAUAAAUAUACAACAAAAAAAAAGCAAA